CUUUGGUGAUACGUAUAUAAGUGGUGACUGCAUGCCACGCACGGCUGAACGGUAGGGCCUUAUCGACUUCCAUUUGAACGCUCCUUGCGAUGGAAGAGCUAGCACCCGUCAUCUCAAAGGACUAUCGCCCACUGACAGACCAGGAAAUCGAGGAAUUCUUCAAGGCUUUGGACGUCAACAAUGAUGGUCACGUCAAUUUUGCCGAGUUGGAGAGGAAGCUGCACGAAGUGCAUGAAGAGUUAGCACCGAAGCUACAGAAACAUCACAUUCUACACCCAGCCCGAAGAGACGCAGAAAAGCGCGUCGGACACGAUGGAGAUGGACUGCACGCGUUCCUCUGUCACCUUAUGCCAGACUGUGGCGCAAAGCUGAGCAAAGACGAGUUCAUCCGACAUGUCAAGACGUGGGAAGUGCCGAGUCAGAAACAGAGCGAUUCACAAGAGACCGAUAAAGAGGCCAAGCAGGAAGAGAAGAAGCUGCCAUUCCGACGACGUCUGCGUGCGUACUGGGCUGUUCAUGGUCCCAAUAUCCUCUUCGUGGCAUUCGUGGUCGCCUGCAUGAUCGCGUUCGGUGUAUGGCAAAUGGUCAUAUACAUUCAGAACCAACCCGCACGACAGGCACUCGGCUGGGGCGUUAUCAUGGCCAAAGCGAAUGCUGGUGUGCUCUACCCUACAUUCGUCUUCAUGCUGCUGAGUAUGAGCAGACAUUUGUCGACUUUCCUGCGUCGCAGCUUCUGGAUCUCCAAAGUUAUCAAUUGGGAUUUGAGUCAGAAGUUCCACAUCAUCAUGAGUAUUGCUGGCCUGUUCUUUGCAACGCUGCAUGCCAUUGGUCAUCUUACUGGUACGUUCCUGUAUGGAUCGCGACCGGCGCAACAGGACAAUCUCGCAGCGAUUCUGGGUCCUGAAGCAACGCCAAAACGCUAUGUUGACUUUGUGCGCACUUUGCCUGGGUGGUCCGGCAUCGUUAGUCUUGGCCUCUUCUGGACUAUCAGCUUGAUGAGUCUGCCAAUGAUUCGGAACUGGAACUACGAAGUUUUUCAGCUGGGCCAUUUGCUCAUGUUUCCCAUGUUUGGGCUACUCGCAGCUCACGGCACAGCUGCAUUAUUGCAAGCUCCUAUGCUGGGCUAUUUUCUGGCAUUUCCCGCGCUUCUGGUUAUCUUCGAGCGACUGCGACGAUUCAUUCGUGGCUUCUUGAGCAUGCCAGCAAGAAUAAAGGUUUUGGACGAAGAUGCGGUUUGCAUCUCGAUCAAAACGAAAGACGGAUCGGACUGGUCGUCGUAUAAUGCCGGACAGUACAUCUUGUUGCAGGUGCCACAGCUCGCCUUGUUCCAAUGGCAUCCGUUUACGAUCUCAGCAUGCCGUGGCGAUGAGAUGCAAGUGCACAUCAAAGUCGAAGGUGACUGGACAGAGGGACUUCGCGAUCUCGGUCUCAAGCAGUCGAGAAUCAAGGUCGGGCUCGAUGGGCCAUUCGGUGCUCCUGCACAGCGCUUCUACGAUUACGACUAUUCCAUCAUUGUUGGAGGUGGAAUUGGCAUCACACCGUUCUCUGCCAUCUUGACAGAUCUCGAAGAAAGCUUCAAAGAACGCCGCGAUCCCUGGGAAUCACGACGCAGCUCCACCUCAAUGUCCCGUUCCCUAUCACGAGGCGUGGUCCGCUCACGCACCAGCUCCCGCCACGCUUCACGAUCCCGCCGCUCCUCCCCAGCAUCGACUCCAGUCAAAGAGCGCAGCGAUGACGACGCACCCCUCACCACCGAAGAACCCUCCUCUAUAAACCCCAACCCCACCGGCCCUCCCCCUCGCUGCAUAAACCCCGACCGCCGCGUCGACUUCCACUGGACCGUCCGCGAAAAGAACAAUCUCCUCUGGUUCUCCGACCUCCUCAACCGCGCCAUAAUCGGAGCUGGCCCCCUCGCCCAACAAAACAAACUCGACCUCAACAUCAACACGCACAUCACGGCCAAACGCAAAGACAUUUCCGUUCACAUUUUCCGCUACAUCCUCGAUGGCUACCGAACUGAAGCAGCGCCGUAUUCUGCUUUGACGGGUUUGAAACAGCGGAGUCAUUUUGGACGACCGGAUUUCGAUAAGAUUUUGGAAAAGCAUUUUCAGGAUUUGGUGGAUGAUGGAGUGAGAGACAAGAAAGUUGGGGUUUUUUACUGCGGAGCACCUGUCGUUGGUGAGAUUCUGUCUGAUCGAUGUCAUGAACUUACGGCCAAGGCGCGUGAUAUGGGGUUGAAGAUAAGAUAUGACUUCCUUAUGGAGGUUUUUGGUUGAUUGUUUUGUGCUUGAUUGAGCGAAGGCGUUAUGGGGAAUGAAUGUACGUUAGCGAGGAAACAGGCUGUGGAAGCAGAAGGCGAUUGAAACUGAAGCCAUACUAUCCGGCCCGAAUGAUGAGGACGAUACAACAUCCGGAACGAC